CGCCUUCUCGGCCGGGACCCCCCAGGCUGAUUGGCCCCUCUACGGCGGAUCCAACGGGCGGCAGCGGGGCCGGUACGUCACGUUGCCCACGGCGUCCAGGGCGCCGACCCGUGGGCAGCCGGGCAUGGACCCUCAGGCCGCCGGGGCCCAGGCGCAGGGGGCUGCGGAGCCGUCUCGGGGCUCACCGCUGCAGAGCGCGCGGGAGGCGCCUCCCAGCCCGGAGGCUGGCUUUGCUACAGUUGACCACUCCAGCCAGGAGAGAGAGACUGAGAAGGCUAUGGAUCGACUAGCCCGCGGAGCACAGAGCGUCCCUAAUGACAGUCCUGCCCAGGGUGAGGGCACCCAUUCUGAAGAGGAAGGCUUUGCUGUGGAUGAGGAGGACUCUGAUGGAGAACUGAAUACCUGGGAGCUGUCAGGAGGGACAAACUGUCCACCCAAGGAACAGCCUGGUGGUCUUUUUCAUGAGGACUGGGACUUGGAGUUGAAAGCAGAUCAAGGGAAUCCAUAUGAUGCUGAAGACAUCCAGGAGAGCAUUUCUCAAGAGCUAAAACCUUGGGUGUGCUGUGCCCCACAAGGAGACAUGAUCUAUGACCCCAGCUGGCACCAUCCGCCUCCACUGAUACCCCAUUAUUCCAAGAUGGUCUUUGAAACAGGACAGUUUGACGAUGCCGAAGACUGAGUGUGGAGCUUUCUGCCUUGUAGGUGGGUGGGCCUCCAUGUCAGGAUCUCUUUUCCUGUCUCGGAGGUGAAAAGCUGUAUCUGAGAAAAUGUUCACGGCGAUCCCUAGUCUGGGGUACACAGACCAGUGUUCACUAAGGCCCCAUUGUUGUCCUCGGUCUGUUGUUGUUCUUAAUGGGCUCCUCCUUGGAAUGUGUGUGUGUUUGUGUCAGAGGAGUUGUGUUCUUUGUAAAUAAAUGUUAAAAAAAAAAAA